AUGGAGAGGGGAAACCAAACCGCCGUCUCGGAAUUCCUCCUCCUGGGACUGUCUGACCGGGUGGAGCAGCAGCAGUUCCUCUUUGUGCUGUUCCUCUGGAUGCACCUGCUCGGGGUUCUGGGAAGCCUGCUCAUUGUCCUGGCCAUUGGCUCCAACCCGCACCUGCACACCCCCAUGUACUUCUUCCUCACCAACCUCUCCCUGGCUGACAUCUGCUUCCUGUCCACCACGGUCCCCAAGAUGCUGAUCAAUGUCCAGACCCACAGCAAAUCCAUUUCCUACACUGGUUGCCUGGCACAAAUGUAUUUUUUUAUCCUCUUUGGAGGUCUGGAUAUGUUCCUCCUCAAUGGGAUGGCUUAUGAUCGCUAUGUGGCCAUAUGCCACCCUCUCCACUACGCCACUAUCAUGAGUCCACGGCUCUGUGCCCUGGUAGUUGCUGGAUCCUGGAGUGUCAGUACUCUCCAGGCCCUGAUACACACCCUAUUGGUGGUUCCAUUAUCCUUCUGUGCUGACAAUGAAAUCCAUCACUUCUUCUGUGAACUUAAUCAGGUCCUGAAGCUAUCCUGCACCGACACCCUCAUCAAUGACACAGUUGUGUUGAUUUUGGCAACAGUUCUGGGUGUGGUGCCCCUCGCUGGCCUCCUGUUCUCGUACAGUCGCAUCAUCUCCACCAUCCUGACAAUCCCAUCUGCCAGGGGAAGGGGCAAAGCUUUCUCCACAUGUGGCUCUCACCUGUCCGUGGUCUCCUUGUUCUAUGGCACUGGUUUUGGGGUCUAUUUUAGCCCCACAUCUACCCAUUCAGCCCAGAAGGGCUCUAUAGCAUCCGUGAUGUACACGGUGGUCACCCCUGUGCUGAACCCCUUUAUCUACAGCUUGAGGAACAAAGACAUGAAAUGGGCCCUGAGAAAAGUGUUCAACAGGAAAACUCUCUUCUCCUAG